AUGCCUUCCUUCACCACCAUCAUCGCUGCCAUCGCCGGCUGCUCUGCUAUCGUCAACGGUGCCGCAGUCCCUGCUAAGAGCGUCGCUCUUGAGGCCCGCGACAACUCCGCCCAUGGUCUCGCCAAGCGCGAGCCCGUCAUCGCUGCUAUUCUCCUCGCGGCCGGUACCGCCGCCGUCAGCGCCGUAGUCACUGAGGCUGUCACCGCUACUGCCGCGUUCAUUGGUGACGUCUCGAACUUCGAUGCUGCUCGCGAGUCCUUCACUCAGCAGACUACCCGCGAAAUGAUGGCCAGAAACCCAGACCCUGCCCGUUUCCAAGCUGCGGCCUGCUACAACAAUGCUUUUACGGUCGCUGAUCCCGCCAACAUCGACGGUCAGAACUCAGUCAAAUUCAGCCUUGGUCUUCUCAACACCGACUACGAGUGCAUGUAUAUUGCCGCUCCCAACCAGUUCUUCACUGAGGGUGAUGGUGGCUUCAUCAACCUUUCGUUCACUCACACUGACCGCUGCACUUUCGACGAGGCUACCGAUGAUCUCACUUGCGUCUAA